UUCCUAAUAAAUAGAAGCUUGUGCAGUUCCUGAAGCACCCAAACUAACUAUCAUGAGAAUCUUUUGCUUUCUCUUUGCUUUUCUCUUUCUGUUUUUCCAGGUUCAGGCUUCCCCAGGGAGUAUGGAAGAGGCUACACAGGAACAUGUAGCUGAAGCUGGGCAGAUAGAGAAGACAAAGCUUAAGGAUAGUAGAGGAGAUGAUCCUCUCCCAAGAAGCAGCCCAAUAAAUGAUGCCGAAAGCUGUAAGAUGCGUUCCGGUCUUUGUCGCAAUGGAAUGUGUCCCUGGAAGGAGACCAAAGUGGGAAAAUGUGCCUUUGCUAAACCUUGCUGUAAAAGAAACCAUCUCUAACCCUAAGGUUAAGGAAUCAUAGGAGAAAGACUGAGGACUUCUUUGAGACAAUCACCUAGCUUAUAUCAAACUUUUGUCAAGCAAUAAUGGCUCCUAACCAAUAACCAUCCUCAAUCAUGUUCUUUCUCCCCUCUUCUUUUUCCCUGGAACAGACAUAAGUUUCUUCUUGGGUGACACAGAAAGUGAAAUCUCUCCUCUUUGAAUGUCUUAUUCACAAGUCUAUUCUUCUGCACAGACAUCUGGACACUAACCUUGUGAUGAACUCUGCUUCAAAUAAGAGACAGAUAAUCAUUCCGGCCUCCCAGCUCAUAGACUUUACAAUUACUUGGUUUCUGGAAGUUGAGGCCUUACCUUGGGUUUUUCAGGCUUUGUAAAUGCUACAUGGAAUAAACUUAAUUGUUUUUAAGCCAUUAAAA